UGGGCUUUCCCGGGAUUACCACCGGUAGAACAGGGGCUGCAUCGCGACCUGGCAGCAUCACAAGUCUGCACGAAAAGAACAAGUGCUUGAUGGGAGCUGCUUUAGCGUGCCUACGGUGACCAUAGUAACCGUGACCUUCUCUGAGGCUGUGUGUGUGGGGGGGUGGUGCUGAGGCCAUGAAGCAUCUGGCCAUCUCCAAAUGGCUGAGUCAGCUGGGCCUGCCACAGUACUGCCCGCUCUUCGACGAGGAGUACGAUGGUGUCGAGGACCUACUGCACAUUACAGAGAUGGACUUGCUGGGAUUGGGCGUUUACAGUCGUCUCCAUCGCAUCCAUAUCCUCUCCAGCAUCCAGAUUCUGCAGGAGAGGGAGACCAAGCGAGAGCUGAGGAUGAUGGCAGAGGGGAGGUUCGCCAGCCUGCCCAGGAACCUGCACGUAGGGCACCAGUGCCCACUGGCCUCCUCCAUGGACCUGCUGAGCCCAGGAGGGCCUCCGGCGCCCCGCCCCAGCUACCACGCUGCCUCCAUCCAUGGCACCUUGCCCCGUAGGAAGAAGGGAGGAGGCAUUGGUUCGGCCAGGCCGUGCGGCACGCCAACGCUCCACGCCCGCUCCUACCUGCCUUCCUCCCCGCUCCUACACAACGUCAUCGAGGAGCACCAGCCUCUGCACACAGCCAGGGACGAGCCAAUGGCUCACAGGCCUGUCUGUCUCUCCUGUCUCACUGAUUUUUAUCACAAUGGGUCAACAAAGCAGUACUGUUUGGAUCUGUCCUGUUUAAUCAGGUCAUCUUUCUCUGAUAGUAUCUCUGCCUCACCAGAGAAGCCCUGGCCAAGGGAGCAAUACUCUCCACAACCCAGAAUAUCUGUGCCUGCACGAUGAGACUACUUUAAAGGAACAACAUCGUAUUGGUGUGGAUGCUGGAGCCAAAUUCUUGUUCUUCAUUCUCUUUUUUUGAACUCUAUUCAGAAAAACAAAACAAAAACUCUCCCUUUCUAUUGGUGGUUAUUAAUAAUGUGAUGCCUACAAGCUCUGUUGUGGCACUACAAACGUUUUCUAGAGAAGUAUGAUGCACACACAAAAAGUGUUUAUCAUUACCUUAUAAAUAACAUCCCGGUGUGGUGUUAUGGGCCAUCGGCUCUCACACUCCUGCAGCAGACAAACAAUACACACUGCAGGUAACAUAUCACCUACUUAAUAGCUGCUCAUAUUACAAGGCUGGAUGCUAAACGGUGGCCCAGAUUUUAAGUCCGGUAGUUUGUUAUACAAACUCAACCCUCUUUGUAGACAUGCACCAGAGAAAUGGCUCGCACUAUGUGAAAGCGUGUGCGGCGUUGUAAUGCGUAGGUGUGUGUUUGGGGCGGCCAAGGACGAGAGCAUCUGUCCCCCUGACAUUUGGAAGGUUACCUAAUAGUGGUCUACUAUUUCACUGCCAGUGAAAGCAGAAAAAGGUAAAAAAUGACUGUGGCAGACAAAAGAGCUACGCCCAGCCCAUCACUCAGCACGCAGUGAUCUCCCCCGGAACUCAUCGCCAUAGCAACACAGUGCUGCCACUCGGCAGGAUAUGCGGAAGCGCGGAUGAGGCAGACCACAGUGUCUGUGUGCACAUGGGAGGGAGAGGAGAGAGAGAAACAAAUCUGGUGGAGUUUUAGAGAAGAACGGAUCUUUCAGAAGAGCAGAUCAGAAUAACAUCCUUUUAAAAUUAAAUCAAAGUAUUUUGAUUUAAGCCAGAUAUUUGCAUAGAACCUCUGUGAGAGUAAAUGUGGAUUAAUAAGGAGGCAUACAGCAGUUUGCCUGGCUUCCCGGAGCUGUGACCCGGUCGGGUGUGCCACCUGUCUGACCGGCGAGCUGCAGGUGAGUGACUGCUAGAGUUAGCCCAGAGGGUGCACUGAGCUCUCAGCGCCGGGCACAAGGCCGGCAUGGUGACUGCGUGCAGCUGCAGUGAGCCAGUGUAGGUGGGUCUGAAAAACACAGCUCUGUGCUGGAGUGACCUCAUUGUUUACUGCAGGCUCAGAGACUCCUCUAAGAAAAAAACCCAACAAAACAAAAACCAAGAGGGGCCAUUCUAACCUACAUGUUGUGCAGCUCAUGUGGGCUGCUUGGAUUUACCUGCAUUUGGAAAACAGCUGUUCCUACACACACACACACAUGCACACGCGCACACACACAUAUGCACACAAUACACAUGUACACAUAUAUGAGGUUAGUAGAGGUAAAGACAAAGAUUUACAGUUUUAUAUGGAGGUGAGAUAACUGCUGGAGAGACCAAGGCAAGGUAAAGAGAGAUGAAAGAGGUAACGGACAGGCAGAAGUGCCAGAGAGCACGCAUGUAGUGAGACUGAUUUAUGCUUCAAGACGGUGAAACGGAAGAGGGAGAGUGCAGUGCUAAAACGAACCAUCUGAAAAGCAGCAAUGAUCAAGAAAGUGUGUAUGUGCAUGUGGCUAAGGGAGAGAUGGAGGCUAGUGGCAGAAGAGACCCAUGGCACUGAGUACUGAGACACGCUUCUUCCUAAGACCUGCUGCGUGUGUGCACGCGCGCGCGUGAUCUACCUGGGCCAGGCAGUCUAUGGGCAGAUAACAGCUGAUUAAACAUCCGCUCGGCCCUAGCUGUUGAUAGAAGCCUGUGUGUGAUCAGCGCAGUAGGUGCGUCAUCACGGCUCCUUCGCUCGGAACAGCUCGAUUUUUCUCGCCUCGCCAGCAUCCUCCACAAACAGCUGUGAUAAGUCCAGGCAAACAUCACGACAACAUGCUGACACAGCCAAGGCAGCCUUCUGGAAGUGUUUCAUGUUGCUAUAACAGCUUUAUGUUCAUUUUAUUCAUAGUUCAUUAUGAAUUGGCUUUGCUUUUUUACAACCUGUCCCCUGUGAUUUUUACAUUAUGCAUAAUCAUUAUUGUUGCUCUCUGUACUGAAAAGGGGGUAAUUUGGAGGUUUUCCGUCAGCCGCAUUGAUCUGAAGUGUAAACAAAUCUAUUUAAUUAUCAGCUUUGUGAGUUCUCUCUUGCUUGUUCUCGCCAUCUUCUCAAGCGUGCACACACAGACGCACGCACACACACACAGACGCAUACAUACAGACAAUCACACAGGUGGAUUCAGUUGUUAUAGCUGCUUCUUGACCUGCUGAGAUUGUAUCAAGAAACAGAGAAUAAUAAAGGGAUUGUUCUGAUUAA